UAAAUGUAAACACACGUAUUGAAAUGCACACAAAGCCAAAGCAAGAAACAACUAGUGACUUAUUUAUACAAUACUAUAAGCACUUCGAAAAAAAGGAAAAAGGUUUUAGUUAUUAAAAUUUUUAUGUCAAAUUUAAUCGAGCUAAACAAUUUUUUCAACUGUUCGCUUGUGCAAGUACCUUGUGAGUUUAUCGAAAUUUAGAUUACUGGAAGUCGAUACAAAAUGACAAUCUUAGCUAAACCAUCUUUCGAGAAGAAAUCUGAAAAGAUAUUUUUACCUUUACCUGGAUUUGGUAAACGUAAUGACGCUUACCAUCGAAAUUUAUUGGAUCACCAAAAUUCCUACAACUCAUCGGAGGCUGACGUGGAAUCGAUGCUUUUCAAUCGCCCACAAUUUUCUUGCCUAAAAACAAUUCUACUUUUUUUGAUUUCCAUUACGGUAAUGCUGACCGGAGCUUUGGGCGGUUACACUCUCUAUCAUAUGUACGCGCCAACACACACGCGUAUGCACUACCGUGCCCUAUGCGAUGUCCCUUAUGAGCCGAUAGGUAAUAUUAAAGCACCGCGUAUUUAUCCACGGAGUGACGAUUUGGGUUGGUUGUGGCCCCAUUUUAAUGGCGAAAAAAUUGAAAAUGUUGGGGACGUGGUGGAUGAUACCUUCUUCCGUGAAGAAGUCGAAAUGGAUAUGGGCGAUGGCGAAAGUUAUAUUAAGGUGGAGGUGCCCGAUUUUAAAGAUGGCCGGCAUGGGCGUUUUAUGCACGACUUCAAGGAAAAUCAAUCCGCCAUUAUCGAUUCCACAGCCGAUCGCUGCUUCAUAAUGCCAUUGGACCGUGAAACCGUUUUGCCGCCGGAAAGUUUUGUAGAUUUAAUGAAAAAGAUGGGUUCAGGUUAUUAUAAUAUUGAUACUGAGCGAGUUAGACAAACUAUGCGUGUGGUGACACCACCCAUCACGGAUUUAUCAACCAUGUCAGAACGUAUAGCCAACGAAUGUUAUGACAUGAGAAUCUAUAAACUGGAAACGUAUGUGUCAGGAGUUUAUAAACGUGAAGCUAAACCGGAGCGUACCGCCACCUAUGCCGAGUACUUGGGUAAAGGGAUCAUUGAAUUUGAUAUCAUGAAUAUAGCCGAUGUUGAGGAAUACGAACAUCAGCAUCCGAAAUGAAUGUUUGAAAAGUUUUUAAUUAUUUAAAGUGCUGCUUUGACACAAAAUUGAAAGCAGAAAACAAAUUAUAUGUGUAUUUAGUAACGUACGUCGAAAACAAUUAUUUGGUGGAUCUGAAAACUACCAUGCAUAUAGUUUUUUGUAGUAACAAGUCAGGUUUUUUUACAAUCAUUUAGCUUGAGGGAAAUUCCGAUAUAUUUUCAAUACAGGUGAAGACUAUAUUUUCACGCUUUUUCACGUAAUCCAACGCUGUUGUGCAACAGUAACAAUAAAGCUAUGUAUGAAUGUUCGAGACUCGAUUAGGAAAAGAUUAAUUUUAAACGCAGCACAUUGUAACUUUAUUACUUUCAUGCGAUGUAUGAGUGUCACACUUUGUAUACAUCUAUGCUGUUAAAUAAUGUUUCUAUUAAUCCUCUUAAAUUAUUCGGACCUGUGAACGUGUUGAACAUUCCUCUUUAUCUAAUCCCUUUUGUCGUUUUUUUUUGUUUAUACUUAGUACAAAAUAGUGUUUUUUUUUUGAACAAACUUCAAUGUAAUCAAUGAAAAUUGCACAUAUAUAUACCGCAAGGUCAUCUUUAACAUAACAUUAAAUACGGUGUAGAUAGAAGAGAAAAAUUGCAUGGCUUGUUAAAAAUAUGUGCUUUUCAAUUAAAAUUCGAUCUUUUCUUAAACGAGCUUAAAAUAAAUAAGAAGUCGUUCUUGACUUGUUAAAGAUUUCGAUAAGUAGCAAUUUUUUUUAAAUCAACGUAAGAUAUUAAAGUAUUCAAUACAGUAGUUUUUCGAUUGUUGUAUGUAAUUUUAUGUAUGUGUACAAAUGAACAUGUAUAUAUAUAUAUAUAUAUAUAAUAUAUAU